AUGGCUGCUGUCUCUUUUGUCUGCCAGAGAGGACCUGAGGCUGACAGCCACGUGAGUGAGUACGAAGCAGACCGAACCCCUGUCAAGCCGUCAGAUGACCCCAGCCCCAACCAGCAAGAGAGUCCUUGUGAACCAGCUGACUUAAAUUGGGGUAGCCAGGGAAACUGCAAGAGUCCUUCCUUCCUCAAGAAUGCCUGGGCCAAGGAGCUGGUGCUGGUGGUGUCCUUCACCAUCGGGGGCCUCAUUAUAAUUCUGCCCACAAUCAGCCCCUGCACCAAAUAUGCCAUCAUGAUCAACCAGGCCUCACCUUACAACCACACAGUGCUCCUCCUAGACCAUGGGAACAUACCCAAUGGGUCCAGCCACUCACAGGAUCCACAGGGCCCAAGCUUAGAGUGGCUGAAGAAACUGUGA